UAUAUCUACCUCUAGUUGUUUAUAUCUCUGCUGGCUAUCUACCUCCACUUCAUGCUCACGGAUCCUUUAGAUACCUGUUUCAAUUCCGUAAUGGUGUAUGACAUUGUAUCUACCUCCAGUUGUUUAUGUCUCCGAUGGCUCUCUCCUAGCUCUGCUGACAUAUGGAGUGUUGGAUGUAGUGUCUGCUGGUUCUCUCCUAUCUCUGUUGGAUGUAUUGUUAUCGAGAUGGCUACAGGAAAACCUCCCUGGACCCAGCAGUACAAAGAGGUUGCUGCUCUAUUCUAUAUUGGGACAACAAAGUCACAUCCACCCAUCCCUGAGCACCUCUUGUUGGAGACUAAGGAUUUUCUUUUGAAAUGUUUACAAGAUGAACCAAGCUUGAGGCCAUCUGCUUCCGAAUUACUACAGCAUCCCUUUGUCACUGGAGAAUAUAAGGAUCCUCAUCCAAUAUUCUGCUCCUCUUCUCUGGUCAGUGAACAUUCUGCACAUAAAGUGCCAUCUUCUGGAUCAGAAUUGGAGAACCUGUAA